AUGCUCGGGCUCCUGGGGGGCACGGCUCUCGCGGGCGUGAUCACAGGCGCCGCCCUGGCCCUUCUGCUGCUGGUGCUGGUGCUGGCCGCCUGCCUGCACGGCGGACAGCAGGACCACGACGUGGAGAUGAACCGUCCGGCCGUCAGGAGAAACCGCGUGCGGCAGACCCGGCCGUGGUUCUUCCCGGCCCGGGGCCGCCUGGGACACUUCCACCACCACCCCCACCACCCCGGCCACCCCGGCCACGCGCCUCACAUGCACCACGCGGGGCUGCACCACCAGCAUCUGCACCACCACCGCCCCCACCAGACCUACCUCCACACCCACCGAGGCCGCCGCUGA